CUUUUGUGUGAAUCCGAAGCCAGUCGCAGGAUUCAGGGUAAAAUCUUUCUGAGCGGAUGAGAAUUCUCGACAACGAUGAUUCUCGAAAUUAUUCUCUUCCUCUCCCUCGUUCUCAUCCUUCGCCAUUGGCUCAAGAGACCCAAAGGACUGCCUCCAGGUCCUCGUGGGUAUCCGAUUAUUGGCACCAUCAUAGCCUCUAACUUGGAGCAAAUCGUGGACUACAGGAAGAAAUAUGGCGACGUAUUCAUGUUAAACUUCUUCAGAAUGAAGUUCCUCUACAUCUGCGACUACAAACUGAUGAAGGACGCCCUGGGAAGCCCCGAGUUCUCGGACCGCCCCAGUUACGAAUUUUUCCAUUUUCUGACAGACGGGAAGGAAGCAGGUGUGAUGAUGAGCAACGGCCAAAGGUGGGUCAACGCCCGGCGGUUCCUUCUCCGGAACCUGAGAGAUUUGGGCAUGGGCAAAUCGAGCCUGGACGAAGCCAUCAUCCACGAAGCCCGCUGCCUGGUCGAGGACUUCCAGCAAUAUGCUGGAAAACCUUCCAAGUUUCCAGAGUCUCUGAAUAUCGCUGUUCUGAACGUCGUCUGGCAAAUGGUUGCAAGUCGAAGGUACGACCUAUAUGACGAAGAGGUCAGCGAUUUCAUCAAGAUCAUGAGAACUCUCCUGGACGACCCUACGGCACUUUUGGCAUUCUUUGUUUGCCCAGCUUUGGAGAAGGUUUUCCCAAAAAUUGUCAUCGACAAAGUCUUCAAAAUGGAAGCGCUGCAGAAGAUUGUGGUUGCUGCGAAAAACCUGUUUGGGAAAACAAUAGAGACUAGGAAGGCCCAGUUGGAUGUCAACCACCCAGAAAACGUCAUCGACGAGUACCUCAUUCAGAUGAACAACAAAACCGAAAUUGCAGAGUUCUUCACUGAGGCCGACCUGAUGAAAGUCAUCUUCGAUCUAUUUGCUGCCGGUUUCGACACGACCGCCAACAUGCUCAGGUGGAUAAUACUCUAUGCAGCCAAGUACCCGGAUGUCCAGAAGAGAGUUCAGGGGCAAAUUGAUGAAGUGGUUCCUCGUGGGGAGUUUCCUACCAACCAACACAAGUCACAGUUACCGUUGCUGGAGGCUUUCAUCCAUGAGGUCCUUCGAAUGAGUUCCCUCAUACCCUUUGGAGUCAUGCACACCCCUACUGAAGAUACGUACCUAGCAGGAUACCUUGUGCCAAAGGGCACGGCAGUCUUCAGUAUGGCUGGCAUUGCGCACCAGGAUCCACGGUACUGGGAGAGUCCUCAGGAGUUUAGGAUUGAAAGGUUCCUGGAUAAAGAGGGAAAAUUCAUUUCCCACAAAGAAGGAUUCACUCCAUUUUCACUAGGCAAAAGGAGCUGCUUGGGAGAAUCUCUGGCCAGGAUGGAAAUGAGCAUCUUCUCAGCCGCGCUGUUCCAGAACUUCACUUUUUCGCCGCCAGAGGGGGAGGAGGAAGUGGAUCUCGCCCCGCGAAAAUUACCCAUGUCGCAUGUGGCGAAGGACCAGGACAUUCUCAUAUCCGUCAGGAACUGAGGCCUCAAUUGUGGCCCAUUCUCAAGGAAUAUGGAUAACACCUUACUAGAGAGAAAAAUUAAAGUCUACACGAAUGUAGAUAACUACUUACUGGAGGCACCAUUGAAGUCUACAGAAAUACGGAUAGCUACUUACUGGAGGCAUCAUUGGAGCCUCCAUCAAUGUAGAUCACUACUUACUGAAGGCAGCAUUGAAGUCUUGAGGGAUAUGGAUAACUACUUACUGGAGCCAGCGUUGAAGUCUCCAGGAACAGAGAUAACUACUUACUGGAGGCAGCAUUGAAGUCCCCAGGAAUAUAGAUCACUACUUACUGGAGGCAGCAUUGAAGUCUCCAGGAACAGAGAUAACUACUUACUUGAGGCAGCAUUGAAGUCUCCAGGAACACAGAUAACUACUUACUGGAGGCAGCAUUGGAGUCUCCAGGGAUGUAGAUAACUACUUACUGGAGGCAGCAUUGGAGUCUCCAGGACACAGAUAACUACCUAGUGGAGGCAGCAUUGAAGUCUCUGGGGAUGUAGAUAACUACUUACUGAAGGCAGAAUUGGAUUCUCCAGGUUACAGAUAACUACUUAGUGGAGACAGCAUUGAAGUCUCCAGGUCACAGAUAACUACAUAGUGGAGACAGCAUUGAAGUCUCCAGGUCACAGAUAACUACUUAGUGGAGACAGCAUUGAAGUCUCCAGGUCACAGAUAACUACUUACUGGAGUCAGCAUUGGAGUCUCCAGGGAUAUAGAUAACUACUUACUGGAGGCAGCAUUGAAGUCUCCAGGAACACAGAUAACUACUUACUGGAGGCAGCAUUGAAGUCUCCAGGAACACAGAUAACUACUUACUGGAGGCAGCAUUGAAGUCUCCAGGAACACAGAUUACUACUUACUGGAAGCAGCAUUGAAGUCUCCAGGAACACAGAUAACUACUUACUGGAAGCAGCAUUCAAGUCUCCAGGUCACAGAUCACUACUUACUGGAGACAGCAUUGAAGUCUCCAGGUCACAGAUAACUACUUACUUCAGGCAACAUUGAAGUCUCCAGGUCACAGAUAACUACUUACUGGAGGCAGCAUUGAAGUCUCCAGGUCACAGAUAAUUACUUACUGGAGGCAGCAUUGAAGUCUCCAGGUCACAGAUAACUACUUACUGGAGGCAGCAUUGAAGUCUCCAGGUCACAGAUAACUACUUACUGGAGGCAGCAUUGAAGUCUCCAGGAACACAGAUAACUACUUACUGGAA